AUGGACGAAGAAUUGGAAGCAAUGAAGUCCAAGGGAGUGAUCACAUUAAUUUCGAAACGAGAGAUGCCUGAAGACACUAAAGCGAUCAAGACAAUGUGGGUCUAUAGUGUUAAAACGGACCACUUAGGCAACGUUAUCCGUCUUCGAGCAAGAAUUGUGGCUCGAGGUGACAAACAACGCCCAGGAAUUGACUAUGGAGAAACCUUCAGUCCUGUAGCACGUAUGGCGACUUUCAGGAUGUUCGUGGCCACUUGUCUAUUGAUGGACUUGACCAUUUACCAGGGUGAUAUCAACACGGCCUACCUGAAUGCACCCUUGGGGAUCAAGCAGUACUUGGACUCUCUAGAUGGAUAUCCUUCUGAAACUGACGACAUGGUAUAUGUUGUUCACAAGGCACUGUAUGGUCUUAAACAGUCUGGUCGAGAGUGGAACACCGAAUAUGUGAAGAAAGCAGUAGAACUGUGGAAGGUAAAGACAGACGUGAAUCCCUCAGACUUGAUGACCAAGCCCCUGGCGAGUGCGCGUUUUGAGGCACUUAUCACCAUGAUAGGGAUGACCAAGAACGUUUUGCCGCAGUAA